GAGCAGGGAAGAGCCGCCUGCUGAGCUGGCUGAGGUCUCUGGAUCUGUGCACAGAGGGGACCCUGCAGGUACCUUGCCACACUCCCAGGAUGGAGGCGGGCCCAUGCUCAGCCCCAGCCCCAGGCAAGGGAGGAGCUACAACCCAGGUUGAGCAGGUGGAGCACCUGGACUCAGGUGUCUCCCAGGCAGCAGCGGGAAGUGAUUACUCCCUGGCAGGCAGAGGCAGGGACAGAGGAGCCACGCACUUGAUCUCUAGAUCCAGCUCUGGGAGGCUGGAUUUGUCUCCCAGAAGAAAGCUAUGGAAGAGGAAGGAGUGAAAAACUUCAAGGAACUUCGAGCCAAAUUUCAAAAGUUUGAUGCUCCAACUCUUCCAGGACCUAUUAAAUUCCCAGCAGGUGACUCUCAAAAGGAUGAAGUGGUAUGUGCACGGCCAAUUCCGAUCCUGGCAAAGGGGAAACCCAUCUCUUCCAACCAUAAUCAGCCCCUACCAUAUUCUUGCAAUGGUGAGUCCCCACCUCAGAAAACCAAGGUGACCCAGAGGAGUGAAAUGCGGAAGAGCUCAAGUUCCCCAGGACCUCUAGCAAAGUCUACUGUGUGUUCCACAGGAAACUUCCAGAAGGCCUCUGUGCUGUUGGAUGUGACUGGAUCAAAGGCCGAGGUAACCCCCAAGGAGAGAGUGGUGGCCUCCAGCAGCUUCAGAGACAAGCUCAGGAACUGGGAGAAGGUUUCCUCUCAGAGAAACGAGACCUCGUCGGCCCUUCCCCUCUCCGAUUGUGGAGGGAAGGCCUUCCAUUUGGAAGGGCAAAAAAGCAUGGGGCUUGCCCCAGAGAAGCCCAGGAAAAAGCUGGAAACCAAAGGAGCCCAGACCCUUCCUUCUCAGAGGCACUUGACGGCCCAAAGAAAAUCACUCACCAUCUCUGAAGACCCUUCUUCUCGACUUUCUCCACGUGGCAGGAAGAGCCAGGAAAUCUCCAGUCCUGAGAGGGGCCUGGCAGGCAGUACCUGCCAGCCUGUUUACGAGUGUCAGCUUGACAGCCAGACCCCAGAAAAGCAGCCGGAUAUCAGGCAAAACCAGUUUCCCAAAACGAAACCACUGCCUUCCACUGAGUCCCUGGGUCCUCCUCCCGCCAAGCCAUCAAAGCCCCCGAGGGUGGACCUCCAGGCUUUCCAGAGGCAGCCAGCUUCUAUUGCUAAGGCCCAAAAUGAAGUGACCGUAAAAGAGGACUGCCCACCUCCGGAGAGUGCUGAAUUUGAAGAACCACAUAAUUAUGAGGCAACAAUUUCAUAUCGGAGACACUCUGGCAACUCCAUUAACCUGUGCACUGCAAUAGAAAUUGCUGAUUCAACUUAUGAAGUUGAAAUUGAAGAACUCCAAAAGCCUUGGAAGAGUUUUCUCCAUCAAGAACUUAGCCCUAAACAUGAAAAUCCAGAUAGAAGAAUGAAGGAAAAAGGGCCGUGUGAUCUGGAGCCUCAAACAGAAAAAGAUCCACAUACAAACAGUCCUUCCAAGGUAGAUAUCUGUAAAGGGACACCUGCAAAAAUCCAGAUGACCAGAGUCCAUGAAGGCCGAAGGAGCAUGCCAAAUGGGAAACAGGAAACCCUGACUGACAUCCUCCAGACAAAGGUCUGCCCGGAGGACAUGAAGCUAGCGAGUGGUGGGUACAUGGAGGCUUUGGAGGUGACUAAAGAAACCUCAGGCCCAGGGGCCUUUAAGUCAAGUUCCCUCCCAGAGGAGACCUAUGAUGAUGUGGAGUACCCUAAGACAGAUGGACCAAAGUUGGACUUCUCCAGCUCAUUUACCUCAGACAGUGAAGAAAAUAGUGAAGAAAUGUAUGAAGAUAUCUACAAAACAAAAAGCAACUACCCCAAAAUAGAUUUAGAUGGAAAAGAAGCCCUUAAAAGACUGCAGCAAUUCUUCAGAAAGGAAAAAGGUAGAUUUAAAAUGAAGAAAACCAAGUCAAAAGAAAAUGCAAGUGCAUUUUCCAUUUCGCUGCCUGAUUUAGAACUUAGGUCUCAGGAAGUUAUUAUCUAUGAUGAUGUGGACAUAAGUGAAAAAGAGUCAAAAGAUGAAGAUAAAAUAAAAACUUGGAAGCCCAAGUUUUUGGUAUCAAAGGAGAAAAAAGAAAAGAAAGGUGCUGAUGCAUCAGAAAGUUUUUCUCCUAGAAAGUUCUUCAGAACCAAGAUGCAAAACUUAGAAAAAAACAGAAUUGGAAAAGAAGAAAAACAUUUUAGAGAAAGAUUUCAGUAUGACAAAGAAAUUAUCGUCAUCAAUAGAGCAGUGGUAUGUUCCAGUAAUUCAAGAAAUGGAAUAUUUGAUUUGCCAAUAACACCUGGAGAAGAACUGGAAGUCAUUGACACCACUGAACAAAAUCUAGUGAUAUGUCGCAAUUCUAAAGGGAAAUAUGGAUAUGUACUCAUUGAACAUCUAGAUUUCAAGAGUCAAGGUUGGUCCAGAUAGAAAGGUCAAGAUCAGAAGGGAAAGACUGCACAACUGAGAAGGGGUCCUAGCAGCUUAGUCCUGCCUCACAGCAGUUUGUUUACAUGUCGAAAUCAGAUGGAAUCUGUGGAACUUUUGUUGGGCACUUGGAAGAAAAAAAACAAGAAAUCCUCAACAUUUAGUUGUUAGUUUGACUCUUAAGAGUUUUCUCUUUCAAUAUCUAUUUCACUGCUGGUUUUAAAAAAUGUGAAACUGUUAUGUGAGCACUUGCUUAAUGAGCCAUGUCCAAAGUUAGAAAUCAAGACUAUUCAGUUGUGCAGAUGGCUGGUUUGCUUCUAAUAUUAGUAAUGUAAGCAUGUGUAAUUUCUAGAUAUUAGUUUAAAUUUGGUACAAUAACUCUGAUAAUGAAGGUCCUCAAAAUCCUCAAAUUUAAGAUAUAAUAAAUAAUUCUGACUUAAUCUUUUUUAAAAAAUCAAGGUAUAAAUGUCCUUUUACUUUAUCUCAAAAACAAUCUGAUCGAUGCUAUUCCUGGUUCCUUUGGGAAUAGGAUGCGGAAAAAUAAUUUUUCUUAAGUUCAACUAGUAUCACUUAAAGAAGUAUCUAAAUAUAUUUAACAAAAUCUAAAAAAUAGAUGCUCUCUUACUUUAAAACAUUCUGUUGCCUAAAAUAAGAAAAAUUUUGUCUAUACCCCAAAAUUCAUUCAAAUAGAAUUCAAGUAUUUUUCACUUAAAUGAAAUGGAAAUUGAAAAGCAGAGGUAUAAACAGAUUUUAUUUUUUUUAAAUGAUGUGCACUGAAUGUCAGAUUUUAAGACAGUUGAAUGCAUAUGUAGAAUUUAUACAAGUGGCUUUAUGUGCACUGAAACACUGGAGAAAUUUCCCUCAGUUCUUUAAGCAGGGCAAUUCUGGCCUUCAAGGAUACAUCUGUUCCAUGGCCUCUUCCUUCAUACAUUGAAACUACUAUUCUUAUAUUUUUUGCAUGCUCUAAUUAAGGCCAAGUUUAUUCUAAAAGACAGCAAUCAAAGGUAUUUGUAUAGUUAAGAAUUUAGAGAAUAGCAUAAUUAAAAUAAUAUUAUAAAUGACAUGGCUACAGGGUUAAAAAAGAUGUUACAAAAAAGGUGACACUGUAGUUUGUUCUUGAAAUAAAUCCCAUGCUCUGUCUGGUGACUAUGAAGAAAUCUGAGGCAAAUGGAGUAGGAAGACGGCUGGGAAAUGGGGUGUUUGGGCUAGAAUGUGACACAGCAUGCUCCAGCAUGCUCAAGCUUUUUGCUCUAGAGAGUGGUGUGCCACUCAAGGGUUAAGCAGGAAGAAAAUGCCAGAUGUUUGGGGAAAGGGAGGGGUUUUAGCUUUUUUACCUGGUGACCUAAAGACCUGACAAGAACAAUUUUAGAUAAGAAAAGUUUAUUUGAUGAUCAAGAUUUCAGGUCUAGGUCCACAAGACAGUGAACUCCACAGCUCUAGGCCUGAGGUGAUGCAGAACACCUUGGUGGAAGGGGUAUGAAGAACAAAAGCAGCUAAGGACUGAGCAAUCAGGAAGCAGAGAGGGGGUGUGCCUCUCACCACAGACAAAACACAUGCCCCAAAGGCAGGGACCCAGUGACCCUCCACCUCUAGCCACACCCUACCUACAGGCCUAAAGUUACCAAUUAAUCCAUUCAAGUAGAUUAAUAUAUUGAUUAGAUGAAGGCUCUCAAAAAAACCAAUCGUUUCCUCUACUUUCUUGCAUUGUCUCACACCUAAGUUUUUUUGGGGGGAACACACCUCAUUUCCAAACCAUAACAGGAGGCAAUUACAUAGAUGACAACAGACAGAAAAGAUUAUUUUUGCAAUAUUCUAAGGAAAAGGUCAUCAAGCCUUAAAUGAGGAUAGCAAGAUUGAGGCACAUAGUUCAGGAGCCCCAUCAGAGGUAAAGGAGACAUCACAUCUUGGUGAGUGAGAAGAUGAGUGAGAAGGAGAGUUAGGGAACAGCUCCAAGACUUCUUUUUCAGGAGAUUAGACUAAGGUUGGUACAAAAGAAUGGUAAUUUAUUUCUGCUUGGACUAGAGACUAAAGACUUCCGAAUUAAACUUACUACCCAGUAAUGAACAAUUAUGGCCUCUCCUAACUUCUAAGCCAAGACCUGUUGCAGAUGACACUGAAGAAGAGGAUGAGUGUGGUCUGUGAGCAAGAAGUGAGUGUGAGGAAACGUGGCUAUGCUGAGCAGAAAUCUUUCAUGCAGUACUCCUGCUCAAAGAGAAGCCACUUCACCAAACAAUGAAGUAUUUAAAUCCUGGAGUGGCAGUGGGAUGAAACCUGAACUGAGAUAAAGAUGGCCCUUGCAUUUUUAUCUCACCACAGGGUUUCUUCUAAUUCAGUAGUUCAGCUCCUUUGGGUCUCAAUUUCCACACUAGUAAAAUGGAGCUAAAACUACUCAUCUACUUUACAGCACUGUUAUGCUACAACAUAAUUUAAGUAGAAGUUAAAUUAUUACAGGAUAAUUUAAGUAGCAAUUAGGUAAAUAAACAAUACUCUAUUAGUGUUAUCAUACCUGGCUUUUUCUGAAUUUGAAAGAUGCUGAAAACAAACACCACAUUUUUAAAAUUCAAUUCUUAAGAGACUUGAAAGAAUGGAUUGGGUUUGAGAAUUUCUUUUACAUAGCCAUAAUAAAUAUUCAGUUUUAAAAACAUUAAAUGUUUUUUAUAGUAGAAACCACUUGGUCUAAUAUAAAUUUUAUUGCCUAAUUAUUAUGAUAUAGUAUAUAGGUUUUUAGAAUAAUUGCUUGUUUUCUAUCAAUACUUAAUGUGGUUAUGUUUAUAUUUCACAAACAGCCACAUUCCUUUCCUUCUCUAAAUCAAACUAAUUUUCUCAUAUUAUUGAUCUACCAAGUUUUCAAACCUAAACACCAUAAUUAACACCAAGCCAAUGUUAUCAGUCUCCUAGAAACUAGCAUAAAGCUUCAACGAAAAGACUGAGUUUAUAUUUUAAUUUUUUAUUAAAAGAUAGUAAAGAUAACACCAUCCUGUCAGGUAAGAUAUCACACACAAAUUCUUAACCCUAACAGAGGCUAACACUGGCCCAUUUAAAAAUUGUCAGUCAGCUUCCCAUCCAUAAUUGUGACAUAUACCUUAAAUAAUCAACUUAAAAAAAAAAAAAAGUUUACCUUAGCUCAUGGAUUAGAGGUUUCAAUAUCCAUGGUCGCUUGGCCACACUAUUCUUGGGCCUGUGGUGAUACAGUCCACUAUCGGAGCACAAAGCAGAAGCAGCAGCUACCCACCUCACACAAAGCAGAAACAGCAGCUACCCACCUCACGGGAGCCAGGAAGCAAAUAGGUUAGAAGGGAGGAAAAGGAUUAGGGUCCCAAUACCCCCUUCAAGGGCAUACCCCUAUGACCUAACUUCCUUUCAUGAGGCCCCACCUACUAAAGGUUCUAAAGCCUCCCAAUAGCACCGUUGACUGGGGACCAACCAAGCCUUUGGGAAUCAUUCAAGAUCCAAACAUGUAGGCUGGACCUCUAGCAACCUUAAUAUAUGCCAGCAAAAUCUUUCCUUAGCACCUCCAUGAAAACCCUGGUCUUCCAAGAUGAGAAUAGCGUCCUUGUUAACUAGGCCCUUUCCUGCACAUAUUCAGAAUGUCUUUGGGGAUGGAUAUAUUAUACGUGUGUGUGUGUGUGUGUGUGUGUGUGUGUGUAUGCAGGAAGAUAAAUAGGGAGAGGAAAAAAACGAGUAUAAACCUCUGGAUGUUUCUUUAAACUUCCUAUACUCUUCAAAUUUCCAACAAUAAGCAUCCCUUACCCUUGCAAUUUAGGAAAUAAAGGGAAAAAAAUCUUUACUUUAAAAAAAUACAUUUUUUCUUUAAAAUGUAGGAAAACUAAAAUCUUUAUUUAUCCAGACUUUGAUGUUUACAUUUUUUUUUAGUGAGGUCUAUAGUAGUGUUUUUCAAAAAGUUGCUCUUACAUAACAAUAAUAUGAAAUGUGACAACAGUACAUAUAAAGUCACAUUUAGAUUGUUUACUUUCUAUUCUCAGAAGGAUUUUCUAUAAAAUUCUAUUACUAGUUUGAAGGUCUUUUCUCCCUAUUCUAUGGCUAUGCUGAGCAGAAUUUUGGCCUCUGUAAUCUUUACCCUCUUGUGUUAUGUAUGUAAAUACUUGAUGUGACUUUGUAAAAGGGGGUUUGUAACAGAAUUAAACUUGCUAACCAGUGGUCCUUAAAAUAAAAAGAUAUUUACAUUA